GGCGGCGCCACAUUCGAGCAUCCCCUCAGUUCGAUUGAAGACACCGGCCGGCUUCGACGUCAGCCUCUGUCCCGCGGUCUUCAUAUCGCGCUUUUUUACCUCCAUCGUACUCUACAGGCUACGCAACUUUACAUGCAACACAAGUGCCCUCGAGUAACCCGUGUACAGAUAAAUAAGUCGAGUAUGAUUAGACACCCCCGAGUCCUACUGAUUAUAUCACCCGCUGAUUCAAGUGUUACACAAUCGGCGACGUAACUUUACUGUGCUGUGCUACGUGUGUUUCAUAUAUUUAUUUAUAUAUUUAUUAGUUUGGUAGUUGGCUCAAUAUAUUUUUCCAGUGAAUGAGUUUUUAAAAGUGGACAUAAAAAAGUGAGUGAAGCAAUUCGGCCGGGAGAUGUUGGAGUGAAUAACGAGUAUAUCAAUCAAGUGUCCGACGGUUUAGCAGUGAGAGUGUAUGUUGAACGAUGGCUGUAAAACAGUGCUAUUACUUAAUCGUGACUGUUGGAUUGGCCGCAGUGGUUAUCUCGCAAAAUCCAAUUGACGAACGGACCACCUUCGAAGCUGCGUUCCAGGGAAGAUGCGGUCACAAUUCACCCUGCGAGCAGCUGUGUUACGAACUUCACGAUGGGAUGUAUGAGUGUGAUUGCAAAGAUGGAUUUAUCCUUCACAAAAAUGGAUACAGUUGUGCAAAAUUAAAUUCGACGUCACCAUCGGCGACUGAUUCACGCGAUCCGUUCGAUGACACCGACAGCGAUGAAGAAACGGAAAUAACAAUCGAUGGAAAAGAAAAUAUUUACUAUAUGCCAGACUCAUUGUUUACAGUACGUUUGGAAUCACUGAGAGAAAAAUUGAAUCUAACAGACAGAAAAAACCCUCAAGAUUUAUCUAAUGAAAUUCCGAAUGAUCCAAUUAGUUUUCCAACAUCAGAGAGCCCAAACUUGGAGCAGAAAGUUCCGGUAACAACGGAAAACGUUGUGACAACGGAGCCAGCUUGUUCUCUGGACUGUGGAGCUGCGGGAAAUUGUUACGUCGAGCAAUUUCGUAACGACGAGGAAGACGAUGGGAAUGGAGACGAUGUUGCUCGUAUUGACGACACGAGACCAAGGCGGAGCUCUUACAAACAAAGAUGUCAGUGUCCACUCGGCAGAACCGGGGAUCGAUGUCAAAACGAAGCAGAAGUUAAGUCACCGAGAUUUACGGGACACGGGUGGCUGGCGUUUCCAGCUUUGAAGGCUGCUUAUAAGCACAUUCAGCUAGACCUAGAAUUCAGGCCGGAAGCUUGGGAUGGAAUUCUUAUACUCACUGGCGAACGUGAUGAUCUACAGGGUGAUUUUAUGGCACUUAUACUUCAUCACGGUUUCAUUGAGUUCAGAUUUGAUUGUGGCAGCGGAGUCGGGAUUGUAAGGAGCGCAGAGACAGUAAAGUUGAAUGAAUGGAACACCCUGAAUGUAUAUAGACACCGCUGGGAUGCUUGGAUUCAACUAAAUGGAGGCAAACGUGUCCAAGGAAGAUCUAAGGGUUUAUUCUCCAGAAUAACAUUCCAAGAGCCGCUGUUUGUCGGUGGCCCUGGUAACACAACCGGUCUGGAUCGACUUCCGGUCAGGACGGGAUUCAAAGGAUGCAUAAGGCAUCUAGAGGCCAAUGAACACCGUUAUCGUUUUCCUCUUGCGCCUCAGGGAGAUGCUGCUAAUGGCUUUGACGUUGAGGAAUGCACAGCUGACAGAUGCAGUAAGGUCCCAUGUUCCCACGGGGGUAAAUGUCUCACCACUGGUGGAGACACGGCAGUUUGUCUCUGUCCUCUUGGUUACACCGGCGAUCUCUGUGAAACCCGUGUCGAUUUACAGGUACCAUCAUUCAAUGGGUCAUCAUAUUUACGGUAUCCAGGGCUGGGAGAUAGUUCCCUGUCAUGGCUCGAGUUGUCAAUAAUACUAAAGCCCAUGACGCAGGACGGUGUAAUCCUUUACAAUGGACACCACAGCGAUGCCACGGGGGAUUUCAUCGCUCUCUACCUUUCAUCUGGUCACGUGGAAUUCACUUUUGACUUGGGAACUGGUCCAGCAACGCUGAGAAGUGAAUCACCGGUACAACUCGGUGAGUGGCUUGAGAUUCGUGUCUCAAGAACAGGAAGACUGGCUUCUCUAGAGGUUGAGAAUGAACCAGCGCAAGAGAUCUUGGCCCCUGGGGCUUUCACUCAGCUCUCGCUCCCAUUAAAUCUCUACCUGGGAGGAGCACCGUCUCCUGAAAUGUUCACACCUAAAAUGAAAACGGCAGCCAGCUUCGUUGGAUGUAUUCAAACUGUUGUUCUUAAUCAUCGCGAGGUCGGUAUCCUCGCCGAAGCACUUGGUGGAGUGAACGUGGGUAAUUGCGGUCAUGCAUGUGAAGCCCGUCCAUGCGGCGAUGCUGAGUGCCGACCUUUGAGAGAGAGAUUCACGUGCAGAUGUCACCCAGGUACGCCACAUCCAUGCCCAGCUCCAGAAGAAUUUAUAUCAUCACCCCCUGAGCCCUCCCUGCCCGCAAGUACCAGCGCUUCUCUGAUGCUACUCAGUAAAUUCGAAAGAAGUGUCCCCAGCUUCACUGGAACAGACAGCUAUCUUCAUUACAGUGAUGCUGAUACCAUGAAGAGGAUAAUAAGUUAUCGAGUAGACAUAAACAUGAGAUUUAGAACAAGUAGCAGUAAUGGGUUGUUACUGUGGAGUGGAAGGCAAUCAGAUCCUCAAGAACAGCGUGACGAAAACGAGGACUUUCUUGCGCUUGGUUUGAAUCAGGGUUAUCUUACCCUGGCCUAUAAUCUUGGCUCGGGGGAGGCUGUACUGAGAUACAAUCUUACUAGAUUGGAUGACGAUCUGUGGCACCGCAUUAGAGCCGUAAGAAAUGAACAAUGGGCGUCAUUAGUCGUGGAUAGUGGAACAGGUGUAUCAGCCUCAUCACCAGGACAAUUGAGGGAAUUAAAUACCGAUACUGGUCUCUACAUAGGAGGAGCGCCAGACGUAGUGAGAACAACCGACGGCCGAUAUACUAGAGGAAUCGUUGGGUGUAUCAGUGAUCUAGUGCUGGAUUCGGAUUUCUCGGUGGUUCUCUCAUCGCCUGAGCAGGCAACCAACACGCACUCGUGCAUCCCCUGAGCCUACCGCAGGACCACGGAUGUCCAAGUUCGUAAGCACGGAGCGUGAAACCGCGACAGGAAAAUUCAUGGACUUGGAGUUGAUAGUGUACAAGUCCCUUAGGCCAAUCCAUACACCGUCAAGACUUGCUCUCGUCCACCGAUUUAUCUAUCCCUUAUUUUUAUUUUUAUUUUUAUUUUAUCACAACUUUACCUCACCACCUAAUGGUAAACUCAUGUACUUUAUUUAUUUUUUAUUUUUUAAUAUAAAAAAAAAUGUAUAUCAGUAAAUUAAUUAAGGCGACAAAUAUGUAAAUAUAAAUGUAAAGCUUUUUAAGCACCAAAUUUAUUUAAUAAUUAAUUACUACGGUGUAAAGACAGUCAUUGGUGGUCCAGGAUUAAAAUCUAGGUCAUUUUUAUUUAAUUAACUGAAGUAAAUGUACCGGGAAAUUUUUAUUUACUCAUUUUUUAUCAAAUGUAUAAAACACAUUCGUCGUAAUUACUGUGAUAGAUUUAUUAUUUCAAAUAGAGAAUCAUUUUUUUUAAAAUUAUUAAUUUAUAAAUUAAUUAAUAAACUAAUUGAUUGAUUGACUAAUUAAACUAUACCUCGACUACCAUUAAAUAUAAAGCGAGUCUAAUAAUAUUGAAUAGUAUAGUAUAGAUAUAUAAAUAAUUAGUGCGGCUAAUUGGGCCUAAAUGAAAGAGGAUAAAAUGAAAAAAAAAAAUAAAAUAAAAUAAAACCCCUUUGUGUCAAUUUUUAAAUUAAAAUUCUGGAAAUAAAUUUAAAAUCCAUUUUAAAUAAACGUAUACUUAUGCACGACAGCACUUAACUAUUGUGAAUAAUAGUAACAACAAAAAUUGUGCACGUGCUUUACUUAAAUUUCACGAGUGAUUAAUUAAAAAUAAUAAUAAUAAUACUAGAAAAAAAAAAAAUAUGAAAUGAAAUUUAAAAAAAUAAUUCAAGCCGGUAAUUUUUAUACGAGACAGAGCGCUCGUAAUUUACUUUUAUAAAAAAAAAAAUUUAUAGUAAAUAUUAAAUAUUUAAAAUAAAUGAAUGAGUAAAACGUAUAUAACUUUUUCACAUUUUUUAAAACGGCUCGUAGUGAGCUUAGAUGUGAAAUGCACAGUGUAUACGUCCAUAUACAUUAACAGUAACGUAACUACAUAUAUGUGUAUGUAUAUACAUUUCUAGAUGUAUAUCAUAUAUUUCAGCUUGAUAAAAAAUUUACCAGGUGACCUCUUUCUAGAACUUUCAAGAUCGUUAAGUGGUCGUAACUACAGGGUGAUAUGGUUAUUUAAAAUAUAUAUAUCUUAUAUACUUAUUACAUUUGAAUCGUAAUAAAUACAGGUAAAAAAUCGGGAGUGAAUUCGGAGUGAUUACGGAUUUUAUUUUAAUCCGAAUUCGAUCGGAGUUUCGGAGUUUUAGAAAAAAUCACUUCGCAUUAGGGUGGGUUGAAAAAAAAACUUUUUUUUUUGUUUUUCUUAGCAUGGGGGUAGAAUUUGUACCUUAUAAAAAAAAAAAUUUUUAAGAAAAAAAAAAUUUUUUUACUCAACAUUUUGAGGUGGCCCAAUCGUUUUUAAAAUAAAUAAUUGAUCAAACGGGGUAUUCCCAACGAAAAAAAUUACAUGGUGUUCUAGAAUCUGUAGGGUGUCCCCUUGAAAGCUAAUUGAAAUUCAGGAGUUGAAAAAAUUUUUUUUCUAUUAUUUUUGUAAUUUAAGUAAAAAAUUCAAAAAUGAAAAGCAUUUUCUUUCGAAUUAAAAUGAAAGUGAAGUAAAAAAAAAUCACAUUCGACAAUUAUUAAAUGUUUUCCACGAUUUUAGACAAAAAAAAAUUUUUUUCGUUGGAACUACCCCGUUUAAUCAAUUAUUUAUUUUAAAAACGAGUGGGCCACCUCAAAAUGUUGAGUAAAAAAAUUUUAUUUUUCUUGAAAAUUUUUUUUUUUAUAAGGUACAAAUUCUACCCCAUGCUAAGAAAAACAAAAAAAAAGUUUUUUUUCAACCCACCUUACUUCGCAUAUGGAGUGAAAAGAAAUUUUUUUUAAAUUGAGUGAUUUCGGGGUGAUGUGGAUUUAAUUUUAAUCCGCAUCUACUCCGAUCUGGAAUUUUAAUAUUGAAAUUAACUCCUCUUUUAACCCUCCGUCCGCCACCAUGUAUUUAAUAUUACGGUGUUGCCAAGUAUGAUAACUAUGAUUUUGAAAAAUUAAAACCACACAAGCUUAUACGACUAAAUUUUUUUUUAAUUUUUUAACAAAAUAAAAAUUUUGUAUUAAAUAAAAAUAUUGAAGAAAGAGAUGAAUUAAAUGAACUGGAAAUGAGUCGUCGGUGGUAACUGGCAACACUGCGCAGAAAAUUCGAAAAAAUUCAACUCCCGAGUUUACUCGCGUCAGCGGCACAUCACCGCGUUUCUCAGGUUUUCUAACAAAAAAAAUAAUUUUUUAAAUAUUUUAAGUACAGUAGAAGAACUCGUAAAAUUUCAAAAGACUAGGAAAUUUUUUUAUCUUCUUAAAUAAUCUUCUAAUAAAAAUCGCGGCGCUGCGCUCAUAGCGCGACGGACGAAGGGUUAAGUCAAUUUCACUCCGGAGGAAAAAAAUAAAAAAUCAUCCGCUCCGCAUUCACUCCGGAUUUGAUCCGCAUUCACUCUACAAAUUUUUCACAAUCCAAAUCUACUGACGUAGUAUACGUUUUAAUUAAAUGCGACUACUCAUUGCAUUAAAAUAAAUUAAAAUUGUUUAUUAGACAAAUUUGACAUUUUCUUUCAAUUUUAAAAAAUUAUUAAUCAUCCAGGCUUCAGUUUCUUAGACUUUUUUAUAUUUACGGAGGGGGUAAAAAUCUACACUUUACUUUACGCAAUUUUUUUUUUUUUUUUUUUUUUUUUCAACAAAUGGGAAGUCCAAAAAAUUCAUUAAAAAUACCAGGAUUUCGUUUUACGAAAAUUCCGGGAGGCUGGCGAAUAAUUUACUGUUAAUUUAAAUAAAUGAGUUAAUGAUAAUUAUAAUAAUAAUUAUUAUUAUAGUAGUAAUAAUUUUGCAAUAAUAAAUAAUUGGGUAUAUCAAAGGUUUAAAACCAAUCACGUCAUAUCUAGAAAAAAAUGAGAGACUCAAGACAAAAAUUCGAGGGAUAUUAAAUAUAUAUAAUAAUAAGUAGAUGAAAUUCUCUAUUUACUGAGGCGACAAAUGUUAUUUUACAUGCUUUAAUUAUAUAUAUAAAUAUAUAUAUAUAUAUAUAUAUAUUAACACCAAUACACAAAUACACUUACACAUUUCGUCAACGUAGAAGCAAUCGGCUAUAGUCAAUUUUGUACAAGCUGUUAUUUUUCUUGAAACUAUAUAAUUAUAAAUAUAAAAUAUAUAUAUGAAAAUAAAUUAUAUUAGAAAAAUUACUUAGAAUAAUUUUGACUACUGACUAGAAUUUCAUUCAAUUUAUAAAACUCAAAAUAUUCAUUACUUUCAAUUUUUUUUAUUGUCUUCGGGCUAGAGACCGACUAUGGAAUUAAUUUGAACAGAAGCAAUAAUUAUUUAUAUUAAUCACUUUUAAUUGAUAUGGAGUUUUAUUUUUAUUAUUAAGAAUAUGAAUGAUAAAAGUAAAGAAAGCGUAAAUUAAUCUAAAUAAUUAUAAACAGAAUAAAUGCGUUAGUUAAAGAGUUCAUAUAUAUAUCGUGUGAUAUAUGAGCAAAAAUGUCGCUUAUAAAUUUAAAAAAAAAAAUCCUCUGUAAAUUAUCCCUAGAUAAAUUUCCCAUACAUUUUUCGCACUAAGAAUUUAAAAAAAAAAAAAAGGGAUUAGGUAAUUGAGGAAGACUUGCUAUUUAAUGAGCUUGCGUGAUUAACUCUAAUUGUUGUAUAAUAAUUAGUAGAGAAACAUGUUUUUGCACUUACUAUAACAAUUGGCAGAUGUCUAAUUAAUAAUCACGCGCUCUUUGAAUUAUUUAUUAUUUAUUGAUAAUUAGUUAUUAGUGAUUGCUCUAUUUCUUUUAUGUAUCUAAAGAUCGGAAUAUUUUUCGCAACAAAAAUUAUUUUAAAAUAAGUGACCCCUCUUUACAUCUCAGUCAAAAAUAUAUCAAGCGAAAUAUCUCAGUCACUAAUAUCUCAAUGUAAAAAUAUAGUUACGUAACAACACAUCCGCGGACAAAAUAUCUGCGACAAAAUAUCCGCGGAAAAAAUAUCUGAUGAAUAAAAUAUCUAUGGACAGAAUAUCCUGAAAAUAAACAUACCAAAGAUAUGAAUUCAUCAGAUCAAAAUUUUCAUAGUUAAAAUUUUAUGUGUUUGCAAUUACGAAAAUGUACCCACACAUUAAAUGGUGUGAAAGAUAGCGCCUUUUUUUCAGGAAUUUUUUGUGUGUGUAGUAAAAUAACUACGGAUAUUUUGUCUACAGAUUUUUUGUCCGCGUGUAUUUUGUUGCACGGAUAUUUUGUCAAUGGAUAUUUUUUUGCGGAUAUUUUUUCCACGGAUAUCUAAACGUGUCACCAAAAAUAUAUAUUUUGACUGAGAUAUUUUCGACUGAGUUGUUGGCACACUGAUAAAAAUAAAUAUUUGGUACAACUAAAUAUGAUAGUUGAUUCAAAUAAUUUAAUAAUUUAAAUGAAAUAUAUCAUUUACUUGUGGCAAGUAAAUUAUAUAUUUCUAGUAAAAAUACUAAAUUUGUGACAUGGCUCAACUAAAACUUAUUUGCAGCAACUGGAUAUUUCUUUACUUCAAAUAAAUCACUUAUUUCAUGCAAUAAAUUAUAUCUUUCUCACAAUUAAAUAUAUAUUUG